AUGAUUUUGGUUUGUUUAAUGGAACAACAAGUACUUAGUAAAGAUAAGGGAGUUGUUGGAUUAAAUGAAGAUAAAGCAUACUUUAACUCAGGAACACAUAAAAAUCUUGAAUCAACAGAUGUAGAUAAAUUAAUUCGUAGAUGUGUUAAUAAAAUUAUUGAAGAAUUAGAGACAUACCAAAAAAAUGGAAGUGGAUGGUAUUUUAAAGAAGUGGUUCAACUUGAAAUUCAUACUGUUGAGUAUAAUCCAUCAAAAGGUUCAUCUUACAUUCCUCUUCCGGAUUGGAUAUCAAAUAAAAAAGCAAUUGUUAAUAUUAAAAACAAAGAUGAGAAAUGCUUUCUUUGGUGUAAACUAAGAUAUCUUCAUCCAAAAGAAAGAGAUGAAGAAAGACUAACAGGAUUAAAGGAGUAUGAGUUUUCUCUUAACACUAAAGACAUUAAUUUUCCAAUGAAAUUAAAAGAUAUUUCAAAAUUUGAAAAACUUAAUCCAUCGAUUCCAGGAAUCAAUGUUUUUUCAGUUAAUGAAAGUAAAAAGUUUUAUCCUUUGAGAAUGGCGGGGAGAGAUUGUUUAAAUACUAUUGAUUUAUUUUUGUACGAAGAAGAUGAUGUUUCACAUUAUUCACUAAUUAAAGAUUUUACUCGUUUGAUUAAGACGCAAAAAACAAAAAGUAAGAAUGGUUCAAUAUUUAUUUGUAAGAAGUGUUUUACACAUUAUACUAAGUAUGAACUAUUAGAAAAACAUAUCUUAUAUUGUUCAAAUAAUGAAACAGUUUCUGUAACAAUGCCUCCACAAGGAACAAUGUUAAAAUUUAAAAAUUAUCAAAAUCAACUUCCAGUUCCUUUUGUAGUUUAUGCAGAUUUUGAAUGCUUUACUAAACCAAUGAAUACUUGUAGUCCUAAUCCAAAAGAAUCGUAUAAUUACAACUACCAAAAACAUGAACCAUCAGGAUUUUGUUUUUAUAUAAAAGGAGUAGUAGAUACAAAAUUUGAGCCAAUUAUUUAUACCAAGAAAAAAGAAAGCGAUGAUGUAGCAAAGAUAUUUGUUGAAAAACUUGCAAAAGUAACUAAUAAGAUAUAUAAUGAUUUUUAUCGCCGUCCAUUACCUCUUAAAUUAACAUAUGCUGAACAAAAAUUAUUUAAUAAAGCUGAAGCCUGUCAUAUUUGUAAGGAAGAAUUAUUAGAUGACAAAGUUAGAGAUCAUUAUCAUUUUACUGGUAAAUACCGUGGUGCUGCUCAUAACAGUUGUAAUCUCAAGUGUCGAAAACCAAGAAUACUACCAGUUAUAUUUCAUAAUCUACAAGGGUAUGAUGCACAUUUGUUUAUUAAACAACUUGCUCGUUUGCAAGGUGAUUUAAACUGUAUUCCAUCUACGGAAGAAAAAUAUAUUUCCUUUUCCAAAAAUGUUAAGGUUGAUGAGUAUAAAGAUGUGCUAACUGGAUUAACUUUUCCAAUAAAUUUUGAAAUACGAUUUAUUGAUUCGUUCAAGUUUCUUCAAAACAUCUCUUGCUAAUCUUGUUUCAAAUCUCCAACCAGAUGAUUUUUAUAAUACAAAAGAAGUAUUCAAGGAAAAUGUAAACCUACUAACUCGUAAGGGUGUUUAUCCAUAUGAUUAUGUUUCAUCACUCGAAAAACUAUCAGAAAAACAAUUACCACCAAAAGAAGAGUUUUAUUCAAAACUAAAUGAUGAAGACAUAAGUGAUGAUGAUUAUCAACAUGCUAUCAAUGUCUGGAAUAAUUUUAAAUGUAAAACAAUUAGAGAUUAUCACGAUCUUUACCUAAAGUCUGAUGUUCUACUUUUAUCAGAUGUAUUUGAAAACUUUAGAAAAACUUGUUUGAAACAUUAUAAUCUAGAUCCAGCACAUUAUUACACAUCUCCUGGAUUAGCUUGGGAUGCAUGCCUCAAAGAAACAGGUCAAGAAUUACAAUUACUACAUGAUUAUGAUAUGUUGAUGAUGUUUGAAAAAGGUAUUCGUGGUGGUAUAUCACACAUAUCAAAAAGAUACGCAGAAGCAAAUAACAAAUACAUGAAAAAUUACAAUCCUGAUAAAGAGUCUAGUUAUAUACAAUAUCUUGAUGCAAACAAUCUUUACGGAUGGGCAAUGUCACAACAACUUCCAACACAUGGUUUUAGUUGGAUGAAAGAUUUAACAAAAGAAAAAGUGAUGGAUAUUUUGGAGAAAGCAAAUCAUAGUAUGUCAAAUCGUGGAAGAAAAGGAUAUAUAUUUGAAGUAGAUUUGGAAUAUCCUAAAGACCUAUGGGAUACACAUAAUGACUAUCCACUUGCACCUGAGAAGAUGAAUGUUAAUGGUGUUGAAAAACUAAUUUGUCAUUUUAAACCAAGGAAAAACUAUGUUGUUCAUUAUCGAAAUUUGAGACAAUAUCUUGAGAUGAGAAUGAGAAUAACUGCUGUUCACAGAGGAAUAUCAUUUUACCAAUCUUCCUGGAUGGAACCAUAUAUAAGAAAGAAUACAGAACUUAGAAAAACAGCAGCCAACAGUUUUGAAAAAGACUUUUUCAAAUUAAUGAAUAAUUCUGUAUUCGGAAAAACAAUAGAAAACAUAAGGAAAAGACAAAAUAUAUUUCUCGUGGAUGAUCGUAAGAGAGCUGCAAAACUAACAAGUCGUCCAAACUUUGAUAGAGCAACAAUAUUUGAUAAAAAUCUUAUUGCAGUUCAUAUGAAAAAAACUGAAGUUUAUUUCAACAAACCAGUAUAUGUUGGACAAGCAAUUCUAGAUCUGUCAAAAACAUUAAUGUUCGAUUUCCAUUAUAACUAUAUUAAAAAUAAAUAUAAAAACAAAGCUGAGUUAUUGUUUACAGAUACCGACUCGUUGACGUACCAGAUCAAAACAGAUGAUUUUUACAAAGAUAUAUCCCGUGAUAUAGAAACCAAGUUUGACACAUCUGAUUAUCCUCCUAACCAACCAUCUGGAAUAAUAAGAGGAGUUAAUAAAAAAGUAAUAGGAAUGUUUAAAGAUGAAGUAGCGGGAAAACAGAUUACUUGUUUUAUUGGAUUGCGACCCAAACUUUAUAGUUUUAGAAUAGAAGAAGAUAAACAAGUUCUUAAAUGUAAAGGAAUAAAGAAAAAUGUUGUAAAAAAGACAUUGGAUUUUGAUGAUUAUACCGAUUGUUUAUUUUUGAAUAAAAAACAAAUGAGAAAGAUGAAAAUUAUAAGAAGUGAAAAUCAUGAUAUAUACUCCAAAGAAGUAAACAAAAUAGCACUAAGUAAUGAAGAUGAUAAACGCGAAGUUCUCUUGGGUAAGAUAAAAACAAUUGCUUUAAGAUAA